AAACAGAAUUGGGCCCAUAUUCUAGCCCAACAACUGAAUCUUAGGCCCACAAAUAAACGAGAGGGAAAAAAAGUACGGCAACACCGUCUUCUUCCUCUCGCAUCGCAGAAGAAGUCAUCGUCUGUCAUUCACCCCCAUCAGCGGCACCCUUCGGAUCAACGAUUUCUCGCUCUCCUGAAAGGUGAAACCUCCAAAUUCAUGAUGACUGAACAGCCGUUUAGGCCGCGUGAGAAACUGAUAGAAAGGCAAAAGUAUUUCCAGAGCAUCCAGAAGCACACAUAUCUUAAAGGGCCAUUGGAUAAGGUCACCUCUGUUGCCAUCCCAAUUGCUUUGGCAGCUUCAUCCUUGUAUCUUAUAGGACGAGGAAUUUAUAACAUGUCUCAUGGGAUUGGGAAGAAAGAAUGAGGUGACACAGUCUCUCAGCAUCUUAUUAAUUUCAUAGAGGUUUUGAACUUCUGGACCUAUGUUAAUUUUGUUAUUGAAGAAAUGUUUGUCCAAUAAUUGCUUAGUUGCAGACCUCGGCUGCCAUUUGAUUUGAAUAUCAUUCUCAGAUUCCUUGUCGUUUUCCCCACUUUUUGGGAAACUGUGUGCUGGUGCAAAUAAGAUUUGAGCAACAUAUCCAGAAUAGUUCUUUUUCUUA